AUGAGGAGUGCAGGAACCAACGGUUUUUUGUUCGUGCGGCCUGGUUUGAGGUGCCAGAAGCCAGUGGGUGCGUUGACGAUGCCUGACAGAGGUGCCCAUGGGACUGCAAGAGCAGUACAGGGGGACCCAGGAGCUGCAGUUGGCAUCAGUGAUACCCACAAUGGUGCUGGCAGCGAGAAUGGAUGUGUGGACAUGCGCUUGAACCCAUGUGUUGAGGCUGUAAAAACGUCUCGCACAGUAGAAAUUACUGGUCUGGCCCAAGCGCUGAGAGAGGAAGGAAAAGACGUGAUCAGCUUGGCCGCUGGCGAGCCUGACUUUGCGACACCUGACUCCAUCGUUGCCGCUGGCAUUGAAGCCAUGACACAGGGCAUCACAAAAUACACUCAAAAUGCUGGCACAUCCCAGCUCAGGAAAGCAGUGUGCCAAAAACUGCAAGCUGAUAAUGGCCUGGAGUACACACCAGACUGUAUAGUGCUCAGCAAUGGAGCAAAGCAGUCUGUGUGGCAGGGGGUGAUGGCAACCUGCGGGGCUGGGGAUGAGGUGGGCGCUGAUCCUGAUUCCUGCCCCAUAUUGGGUGAGCUACCCUGA